AUGGCUUUGAGGCUUCUUGCUGUGGCGCUUGCGGCAGGUAUAGGCCACGUGCGCGCCUUGCGGUCAGCCGCGUCGGUGGACGACAUGCAUCGCGUCGCGGCCAUGUACGUCGAGAGCAUGGAGGAGACGGCUAUCGCCAAGACGAACUUGUACGAAGACGUUCCCGGAAUGGAUUAUAGCAUCAUGAAGCCGUUCCUCGAGGGUGUGGCCCACGAUGUUCUUACGACGGAGCUCCAUGAGCAUGGCUUUGCCCGCAUGGUGACGGCCAGCCACCAUGCAGUGAUCAUUGGCGACUUGCACGGCCAGCUCUUUAACCUGCUCGCCUACCUCAAGCAACUCAAAGCGGACUUCCCCGACUACAACACGCUGCCAGAAUCCAAGCUUUUCAUUUGCGACCCGAAGAUGCAGUACGUCUUCAUGGGCGACUAUGUGGACCGAGGCGAGCGAAGCAUUGAGAUCGUCUUGCUGCUCUUUGCGUAUAAGGUCUUGUGCCCUUCUGGCCUGAUCAUGCUUCAGGGAAACCACGAGGCAGAGCGAACAAAUCAACGCUAUGGCUUCAUGAAGGAGGUCAGGUGGAAGCUGGGGCACGGCUCGAUUUAUCACAGGUUCAACCAGCUGUUCCAGUUGCUCCCCUUCGUGGCGGUGGCUCCGGAGAAGUUCAUGGCAACACACGGCGGCCUCUCGCGUGACUUCGUGCAUGCUUGCGAGGGCAUGGCUGGCGACUUCCGACGUUGCCUCAGCUACGACAUUGGGUCGAGAAUGGUUUGGAGCGAUCCCCAUAUGGGCCAUGGAUGGGCGCAAUCCAAGCGCGGGGGCAGCAUCGAGAACUAUGGCUUGGAUGUUGCCAAGAGCUUUCUGCAAAGCAAUGGUCUGAAGCGGCUUCUUCGGGGCCACGAGCAGGUGGAAAGAGGACACGUCGAGAUGAAGCUGGGCGACGACUACGGGGUCCACACCAUCUUCUCCUCGGCGGACUACGUUGGGGUGCUAUGCGUCGACAGCCGAAACCAGCCGUAUCGCAAGCCCCCGUGGGACACGGCCAUGUUCCGUGGAGGUGGCACCAGGAACAUGGGAGCCAUCAUGAUCUACGACCUCGUGCAGAGCAGCUUCCACGUAACGUUGCAAGACGCAGAUACGGCACGGAGGACGGCUCUUGACUUCGCACAUGCAGACUGUAGCCUCAAGUACCCAUCGACCACGACCCGGGAUUCGACGACCCUGGCUUCGACGACAGAGGAGAUCACCACCACUGAAGAGCAAGAGCUGACAUGGAAAGAAAGGUUCAUGACGUUCUUUGGCUUGUCGGAAAGCUUGCUGGAGAGCGGUGAGCCCCAGGAUGUCCCGACGAUCCCGAUCGAGUGCGAAGCCCACCUGACCCCAGAGGAGGCACGAGCCCACGAGCAGUUUGUGCGCUCAAUCUUGGCGGAGGCUGAAGAUAUGGGCUUCGAGGCGCGCAAGAUCAUCGACCUCGAGGGAGAGGCCGAAGUGUGUGAAGAUCCCAAGGCCGUCGAGAUCGACAACUGCAAGUCCAUGACCCGAGACAUGAUCACUCUCAAGGUGUUCCGAGAGCUAACAGGCAACCGGGAGGCGGGCGAGACCCCGCUUGAGGACGACAUCGUGGCUCGUGAGGACGAGCUCGAGCCAGUCGCGCACCCGCAGUGA